AUGGUGCAAUAUUUCCCUCCACCAGUUCAUGUUGAGACCAACUUGUGUUUCCCCCACUGUUGGGUGUGGCUCACCGCCUCUCAGCUGUUUGGUCAGCUGUUUGCUGCCUACCGGCCGGACCAGCUAUCAGCCCACUGGAGGGAGGACACCACAGAGGAGGGCAGUGCCAACAACACCACAGAGGAGGGCAGUGCCAACAACACCACAGAGGAGGGCAGUGCCAACAACACCACAGAGGAGGGCAGUGCCAACAACACCACAGAGGAGGGCAGUGCCAACAACACCACAGAGGAGGGCAGUGCCAACAACACCACAGAGGAGGGCAGUUCCAACAACACCACAGAGGAGGGCAGUGCCAACAACACCACAGAGGAGGCCAGUGCCAACAACACCACAGAGGAGGGCAGUUCCAACAACACCAGAGAGGAGGGCAGUGCCAACAACACCACAGAGGAGGGCAGUGCCAACAACACCACAGAUGAGGGCAGUGCCAACAACACCACAGAGGAGGGCAGUGCCAACAACACCAGAGAGGAGGGCAGUUCCAACAACACCAGAGAGGAGGGCAGUUCCAACAACACCACAGAGGAGGGAAGUGCCAACAACACCACAGAGGAGGGCAGUUCCAACAACACCACAGAGGAGGGCAGUGCCAACAACACCAGAGAGGAGGGCAGUGCCAACAACACCACAGAGGAGGGCAAUUCCAACAACACCAGAGAGGAGGGCAGUGCCAACAACACCACAGAGGAGGGCAGUUCCAACAACACCACAGAGGAGGGCAGUGCCAACAACACCACAGAGGAGGGCAGUGCCAACAACACCACAGAGGAGGGCAGUGCCAACAACACCACAGAGGAGGGCAGUUCCAACAACACCAGAGAGGAGGGCAGUGCCAACAACACCACAGAUGAGGGCAGUGCCAACAUCACCACAGAGGAGGGCAGUGCCAACAACACCACAGAGGAGGGCAGUGCCAACAACACCACAGAGGAGGCCAGUGCCAACAACACCACAGAGGAGGCCAGUGCCAACAACACCACAGAGGAGGGCAGUGCCAACAACACCACAGAUGAGGGCAGUGCCAACAACACCACAGAUGAGGGCAGUGCCAACAACACCACAGAUGAGGGCAGUGCCAACAACACCACAGAGGAGGGCAGUGCCAACAACACCACAGAGGAGGGCAGUUCCAACAACACCACAGAGGAGGGCAGUGCCAACAACACCACAGAGGAGGGCAGUGCCAACAACACCACAGAGGAGGGCAGUGCCAACAGCACCACAGAGGAGGGCAGUGCCAACAACACCACAGCCUGUUGCUCCUACGUUCCUUUCUACCAGCCUGGACAAGAAUGUGACACACCACUUCACAUAAUCAUAUUUAUCCUGCUACAAAAGAUUCUGGUGUAA